AUGCAGAUGACUGUCAGCAACAAGGCCUGUAGAGAGGUCAACGAGCCCAGAUUCGAGCAAGAGACGAGGGUGAAGCGGAGAGAGCAGAGCAAGCGAAGAGAGAAGCCGACGAGAGCGCGGAGCUCCCCCAUCACGUGCCGGGCCGCGGCCGAUAAAGCGAAUCGAAUCACUUAUCGGCGGCCGGCCAAUUCACCUGAAAUCCACCCCAGCAUCCACACCCCCCUCCCAUCGUCAUCCCUCUACCGCCCCCAUCCAUCAUCCAUCCUCCUCCGGGCUCUCUGCUGCCGUAAUACUCUCACCGGCUACCUGGGCGCCGUCCUUGUAUCUUUCCUGCCCUCCUGUCUGUCUGCCUGCCGCGUCGGUGGCACCUUGUUCGCCGGUGAUCCAACAUUGCCUCAUAUCGGUAUAGUUGCUCUGCUUUCUCCGCUCCCGCCGCUGCGUCUCCCUCCCACUGAUGAUCAACGCCCUCACACAGGAUGGUACUCGGGAAAUUACGACUACCCUCCUGCCUCCCGCCGUCCCUCUCGCGGCGCUCGAACCAAUGACCGACAACAGCAGCCUCCCGUGAGUCGUUUGCAGCAUCUCCGGGAGCUGUUAAACUCGGAACGUAACCGCAGUGACUUUGCCUUCGCCCGUGCAGUGGAAACCUUGAAUCAGGAAAUGGACGACUACCGCUCGUCUCGGGUCUGGGGCCGCUCUAGCUUUGAGCAGGCGACGGCAGACUUGGACCAUCAUAUGCAGCAGCUCCGUGAACGGGUGCUCAGAGACCGUCCCAACGGGCCCAGCUCGGCGCCGAUGCGUCCAGGAGCACCACGGCUACAGCCCUCGAAUGUCACCAUGACGAAUCCAGAAGAGAACACAUCCGACCCCUCACGCUCAGGUAGCAGAACCCCAAGGCCUCGGUCGGGACGGGGUAGCGACCGGUCUAGUCGUGGAAGACGGAGUAGAGAUUCCAACCUGGCCUCUCUCCUUGAUACGCCCGUGCCUCGUCUGGAUUCCCCAACUGUCCCGCCUCAACAGUUCGAGGCAGAGCAUCCGCUGGACCGUGCAAGAACUAAACGUCGAAAACUUGAGUCGGAUGAUAACAGGGAAGGACUACAUGGUUUUCGCUACGGUCAAUAUGGCCAAGUGGUACCCGGGGCACUCAGGAUGGAGUUAGCUAGCUGUGAUGGGGGGACGUAUGAGCCCAAUGGCGAAAGCUCAUGGCCGGAAAACGUCCUUCGCAACGACACUUCCGUAUACUGUACGAAAUCGGACCGGUGCAAUCUCGUUCUGAAGCACCACGGGGAGUCCCCAUUCUGCCUAAAGAAGAUCGUCAUAAAAGCGCCAAAAAUUGGCUAUGAUGCCCCGAUUCGGGAAGGCAUGGUUUUCGUUUCAAUGUCAUCUGACGAACUCCUAGCUCGUACCGCUGCUUUCGAGGUGCAAUACGAAACAACUCGGUCGUUCGCGCGGAAUCGGCCCAGGGGAUUGCAGCCAUCUCAGGAAUAUCUCAACGCAUAUCGGCCUCCGCUGCAGAGUCUAGACCGCGGGUCUAUCGCCGAUCACAUUUCUGACUCGGAAUCAGAUACUACUGAUGAGCCCGGUGGUGCUGUCAAUGAACCUGAUCUGACGUCCGAAUUCCGAAUCACCACGGAGUAUGGUGAGCAGUCGGGUGGACGGCUUGACCAUGAUGACCAGAAUGAUGAUGACGAUCUUCUUUCUCUUACUGAUACUGAUAGCUUGCCGGUGGGGCGAAUGGACGAUGAUAAUAUUGUAUGCUCAGACAGUGACAUGAGUUUAAGCGACGACGAUGCUUCCGGGCUGAGCACAUUCGCGCGGCGUCGCCAAGAACUAGCACGGCGUGUUCGAGCCAUGCGUCGCCAAUACAUCGCAGAGCAAGAGGGACAAGCAAGACGACGGGCGACCUCGGCUAUGCCAGGGCCAAGCCUGCGUAGUGAACCAGCGCUCAGUUCGGAGUCCGCGGUCAUGAAACCACAUGCUCGCUUUUCCAUUGAGCGAAAUAAAGCCAUGGUCAGCAUCAAGUUUGACCCUCCUCCCUCAGGCCGAUACAUCCUCGUCAAGCUAUGGAGUCCUCGCAGCGGGACAAACAUAGACAUCCAAAGCAUCAUUGCUUACGGCUACGCUGGAACGAGAUUCUUCCCUGCCCUGAGUUUCCGGUAA